GAGUGGCCCUGCCCUGGAAGAAUGCGGCUCUGCCGAGGGGGCAGAACCCGACGCAGUCUCCCCACGGUUUGAACAGCCCGAGCCCAGGCUACCCAACCGCGCCAGUGGCGGACUCUGCACGAGAGCAGCUGGAGGCCCUGAUCGAUCUGCCCACCGGGGCCUUCGGGCCCGGGAUUCGACAUGCGGGAGGAGCCGCGGCCGCGGCCUCCGCCCUCGGGCCUCGCGGGUCUCCUGUUCCUGGCUUUGUGCAGUCGGGCCCUAAGCAAUGAGAUUCUGGGUCUGAAGCUGCCCGGCGAGCCGCCGCUGACCGCCAACACCGUAUGCUUGACGCUGUCGGGCCUGAGCAAACGGCAGUUAGGCCUGUGCCUGCGCAGCCCCGACGUGACGGCGUCCGCGCUUCAGGGCCUGCACAUCGCGGUCCACGAGUGUCAGCACCAGCUGCGUGACCAGCGCUGGAACUGCUCGGCGCUCGAGGGCGGCGGUCGCCUGCCGCACCACAGCGCCAUCCUCAAGCGCGGUUUCCGAGAGAGCGCUUUUUCCUUCUCCAUGCUGGCUGCUGGGGUCAUGCAUGCGGUAGCCACGGCCUGCAGCCUGGGCAAGCUGGUGAGCUGCAGCUGCGGCUGGAAGGGCAGUGGCGAGCAGGAUCGGCUGAGGGCCAAACUGCUGCAGCUGCAGGCACUGUCCCGGGGCAAGAGUUUUCCCCACUCCCUGCCCAGCCCGGGCCCCGGCUCAGGCCCCAGCCCUGGCCCCCAGGACACAUGGGAAUGGGGUGGCUGUAACCAUGACAUGGACUUUGGAGAGAAGUUCUCUCGGGAUUUCUUGGAUUCCAGGGAAGCUCCCCGGGACAUCCAGGCACGAAUGCGAAUCCACAACAACAGGGUGGGGCGUCAGGUGGUAACUGAAAACCUGAAGCGGAAAUGCAAGUGUCAUGGCACAUCAGGCAGCUGCCAGUUCAAGACGUGCUGGAGGUCAGCCCCAGAGUUCCGGGUGGUAGGGGCGGCCUUGAGGGAGCGGCUGGGCCGGGCCAUCUUCAUUGAUACUCACAACCGCAACUCUGGAGCCUUUCAACCCCGCCUUCGUCCCCGUCGCCUCUCAGGAGAACUGGUCUACUUUGAGAAGUCUCCUGACUUCUGUGAGCGAGACCCCACCAUGGGCUCCCCAGGCACGCGGGGCCGGGCCUGCAACAAGACCAGCCGCCUGCUGGACGGCUGUGGCAGCCUGUGCUGUGGCCGCGGCCACAACGUGCUCCGGCAGACACGAGUUGAGCGCUGUCAUUGCCGCUUCCACUGGUGCUGCUACGUGCUAUGCGAUGAGUGCAAGGUCACAGAAUGGGUCAACGUGUCCCAGUAUCAUUGAAAAUAAACAAUUA